AUGGCAGAUCAGGAUAGUAAAAUCGGCAUAAAAAAAAAAAGAAAAAAAGACAUAGUUACUGAGGGCCUUGACAGCACUGCUUCAGUGGAUCAGCUGAUAGAAACUUUGCACUCAAAUAAACGGAAGAGCAAACUCUAUAUACUAUACAGUCAAGCAGUCAGGCAGAGACAUACAACUGUUGGAAAAUAUCUAAAUAACGCACACUAUCUUCUUCCUGGACAUCCAUUGAACAUGUUCAGUGAAGAUUGGGACGGAGGCCUCAACUCAGGCUACUUUGAAUCAUUUUCUUACAAAAGUCUAAUGCCUAAAAUUAUAUCCACAAUUAGAAACAUAGAAAUGAGAGAUCCAGUCACAGAGUAUAUGAAGAAAAAGAUGGCCUGGCAAGAUACUUUAAAUGAUUACAAAAGGAUUAUGAGUUUAAUGAGCAAACGACACAAGUAUGAAUGGAUCAAUGAAGAAGUGUUGCACUGUCCUAAGCAGUUGUUAGAAGUAGCUGCCCAUUAUGAGCAGAACCCAGACCCCUACUUUGAUAGCAGUUACAACUGGUACUACGCAGGGCAUGGUAACAUGCAUUGUAUAGUGCUGAAUGGUCUGGACUUUUUAUUGCGUAGUGAAUUGAGCUGCUUAUAUCUCACCCCAUUUUCAAAACACAACCUAUCUAUAGAUCACGAAAACGAAACAAAAUAUGACUGCGGAGAAGACAUGAAUAUCUUAGAAAUAACAUCAUCGCAAAAUAUAAUUGCACUGCGAACCAGAAAUAAAAUAAUAAUUUUGAAAAUAACAGAUGACUGUUCAAUAAAUAUAGACAAAAUUAAAGAAAUGGACUCAAACAUACCAUUUACGGGAAUAUCGUUUGAUGAGUAUCACAAAAAUAUUUUAUACGUGACAACAUUAGACUUCAGGCUCACAAUAGUAAACAUAGAUAGAAUGACAGGACGAAGCAAACAGCUACGUGCCGACGUAAGCAGUUUAUUGAACAAUUGGAGUACUGUCAUUGGUUCAGAGAGGGGCUAUUACUCUCAUAUAUCAAAGAACUCUGUCACCCUAUACGACAAGCGAACAAACUGUGCCUUUCAGCGAUGGAAAAAUCUUAGAAACAUCACUGACGAUGUUGCCUGCAAUGAUAUAAGUGUUGCCAGACAUGGAACAGAUAAACGGCUCAUGUACAUAGGGACGGAUCACCACCUAUUUUUAGUUGAUUUAAGAUAUAAUAAAACAGAAAGGAAUAAAUUAAAAGCGGUGCAGAGGUGGACUCAUGGUAUGCAGUGUCUCCCAACUUAUAUGUCAGUAUGUAAAUUCGAAUACAAUAAAGAAUUGAUAUGUAUGAGCAGUCAGUGGUGUGAGGAUAUCUGUGUUGUCAGUAACUAUGCGGAUAGAUUGACCAGGCCCAGUGAUAUUAACAGUGUCAGUAUACCAUAUCGACCUCCAAGUAUUUUACAGGUUUUCACUGAAGCUAGAGAAAAAAUGUUAUGUUGUGAUGUAUAUAAUCCAAUCAAUAAUCGGUUGUGUAGCUCUGUUAUAGGAUUAUCGGUUUUGGAACAAGAUGAUAACUACGAAAUACUAAUGUUGAAUUCACUCGGGGAUGUUACAUGUCACACUUUGUGCCCGAAAUAUAUGACUGCAUUCUUCGAGGACACUAGUGCGGAACUUUUAAACGAAUGGAGUAAAUCUUUUAAAAACAAAACGAAGGAAUUUAAAGUGUCUUCUGUAAUUGAUAUAAGUAAUAUUUGGAAGGAAUUGAAAAGAAUACCUGACGAUUAUAAGUUUGGUGAAAAUAAGUUUGUUAGGAGAAGUUUGAAAUUUAAUGAGAAAGAAAUAUAUGAUGCGUUUGAGAAUGAGGAAGUUGAAAUGGGACUGUUAGAUAUAUGGACUAAUAAAGAAUCGCAGUGCACUAAAGACGAAUCAUCUUUAAACUUAUUUUUUGCUGACGACUAA